CUCAUUUUUUUAUCAGGAAUGACAAUCUGUUGAUGAGUGAAACUGUUGAUGAGUGAAUGGAAAUACAUGCAGUUAAGGCAUUUGUGACCCCUGAAAAAUUGAGCUUCCCUAGUUUAACAUUGCAUCAAUGCUAAACUAUUUCAUAAGGGGUGCAGAGACAAAUCUUUGCUGUACUUGAUGUAUGUCAGGUCCAAAUGACACAGAUUUGGAUUUAGUGGAUUUAGUAUCUUCCUAGCCUUCCCUUUAAAAAAAUGGAAUUUGUGGAGAACUGCUUUGAUGCUCACUUUCCUUACUGGAUACUGAGAGCCUGAAGACGUGAUCUUGUUCCACAGCAGAGUUGAAUAAGUGAAACCCCUCUGUUGUCCCUGUGCUUGUGUUACCCUCACGGAUAACCUGGAGAGCAGCGUCCCCGGCUCGGCUGUCCCAGCAGCUGCUCCUGCACGCUGUGCUCAAUCCAUGGGCUCCCACAACGGGGGGCUCCGGGGGGAACCGCUCUGCCACAGCGGAGGAGGGGCAGAAGCCAUCACCCCAUCCCCCCUUGUCUCCUCGUCCUCCAUCCCUCCUCCUCCUCCUUUCCUCCGUGCUCUCCGGGGCCGCUGCCCGCCGGGCCCGGUCCCGGCCGUGCGGGUCCCUUCUCUUUCUAUCCAGUGAAUCCUGUCCCGAGAGGAAGAGGAGGGGUGGGGGCGGGAGCCGCGGCUUCGCAGGGGGCCGGGAGGGAGCCUGUGCCCUUCUUCAUGGCGAGGCCGGGGGAGAGCAAGCUCCCGAGGAGGGAACCCGGGAGCUGACUCAGCGGAGCAGUCCAGCAUGUUUUCCCGGGAGCACGGCGUCCUUGCCGGAGCCAGCGGAGGGAGGUCUGAGGAGGCGGUGCAGGGUUUUAGUGAUGUUAUAGACUCUCCCACUGAAGGCUUUCCAUGUGUCCUCACUCCUGCUGUCCCCAACAAGACUGUGGACUUGUUUGAGAUGAUUGAAAAAAUGCAGGGGAGUCGUCUGGAUGAACAAAGAUGUUCCCUUCCAGCUCCUCUCAAGACAGAAGAGGAGUAUAUUCCUUAUCCCAGCAUCCAUGAGGUAUUACAGAAAGGGUGGCCAUAUCCUCUCAUUAUCCUACCCCAGUUUGGGGGCUACUGGAUUGAAGGGACCAGCCACAACCUCUCCAGCUUGAGUCCAACUCUGUCUGAUGUACCCUUUUCCUGGAGUGGUAAAGUGAAACUGGAAAGUGACCCUACAGCCAAGCUGUACCGCAAACAUUUUCUGGGAAAGGAGCACCAGAACUUUUACUCUAGUGACAUGUCCUUGGGCUACCUAGUACUUUCUGUGAAGUAUGAACAGAUUGAGAAACAGGAAAAUCUACGCCUGUUGCUGAGGACUCGUACUGGCACCAAACAUGAUCUAAUUCCCAUUUCCUGUCUGAAUGAGUUUCCCAAUGCUGUUCAGAUGGCCAAGCUACUGUGUGAGGAUGUGAAUGUUGAACGCUUCUUUCCUGUCCUGUAUCCCAAGGCCUCACAGCUUAUUGUUGCAUUUGAUGAACAUGUCAUAAGCAAUAACUUCAAAUUUGGGGUCAUCUACCAAAAACCUGGACAGACAACUGAGGAAGAAGUCUUCAGUAACACAGUAGAGAGUCAGGGUUUCCUGGAGUUCCUGGAUUUCCUUGGUGACAAGAUUCAGCUGCAGGAUUUCCGUGGGUUCCGGGGAGGCUUGGAUGUUACCAGAGGUCAAACAGGCACUGAGUCAGUCUAUACAAAUUUCCGGGGGAAGGAGAUCAUGUUUCAUGUGUCCACAAAGCUGCCCUUCACAGAGGGAGAUUCCCAGCAGCUUCAGCGGAAGCGUCACAUUGGGAAUGAUAUUGUAGCCAUCAUUUUCCAGGAUGAAAGCACACCUUUUGUCCCUGAUAUGAUUGCUUCUAAUUUCCUACAUGCUUAUGUGGUAGUUCAGCUCACUCAUAGCACCACUGGGGACACUCUCUACAAGGUUUCAGUCACAGCCCGAGAUGAUGUCCCUUUCUUUGGACCACCACUGCCAAAUCCAGCCAUAUUUAAAAAGAGUGCAGAGUUUCGUGAAUUCCUUCUGGUCAAGCUCAUCAACGCCGAGUACAGCUGCUAUCGAGCUGAGAAAUUUGCUAAAUUAGAGGAAAGAACACGGAGUGCCCUCUUGGAGAGCCUUUUUGAGGAGCUGCAGCUUCGCAGCCGCAGCAUGAUGGGAUUACCUGUAGGGGAGGAUGACAAGAUAGAGAAUGGCAGUGGGGGCUUCCUCGAGAACUUCAAGCGGGUGAUCAGAGGCCGCAGCCAGAGCCUGGAUACCAUGGGGAUAUCCAUGAGAAAGCAGCAGCCAGCCACCCUGCCCAGCCGCCCAGCUACAGCUGGCCUUGCCCUCAGCCAGAGUGUCGCCGAGGGCCCUAAGGCCAUUGCUGCGUCUUUUGCCUUGCCUGGUAGGAGCCCAUCACGUACUCGAGCCAGCCGCUUCCAUGGGCGACGGAGUAGUGCCAUUGGCAUUGAAAACAUACAGGAGGAAAAGAGUAGAGACACCACAGAGAGGAUACAAAGGGUGUUGGACAGUCCAGGAGCUUUCUUUGACCUGAAGUCUGAUGGAUCAUCCAGUCCCAGCUCUCCAGAGUUCCCCAGCAGGAAGAGCAAAAUGCUCAGGAGUCAGACUUCAGGAUACUGUGUGAUGCAGCCACUCUCACGUUCAUCAUCCAGUGUAAGCAGUUGUUGUAGUGGAUUGAGGGAAAAUGGAACAUCUGAGGAAGAGGAGAAUGACAGGGAGCUGACGUGCUCACUUAAGGGCCCUCCAAAACAGGAUUCAAUGGUUCAGAGUAUGUGGCUGGAUGACAGUGACUGCACACCCAGUACUUCUAGCUCACCAGGAAGCAGGUUGCUUCCUUCCAGCAGUGUUGCUGGCUCCACUGGAAAAGGAAAAGGCAGCAAAGCAGAGGCUCAGCACCAUAAUCCAGCCUCCAUUUUGUGCUGUGUGUGAUGUCAGCGCUGGAGCACUCUCUGCCGCACGCAGGGUGAGGAGCACAGACUACAUGAUUGGAAUUCCCUCACAGCCAUAUCCAAAUCACCUUUGGAUAGGCAGAAAUCAGGGCAUCCUUGAGGAAGCAAAACAGAAUCUACUUCAGUUACCAGCUGAACCUACAGUGGUGUUCACAAACGUUCUCCAAAGACAUUCCUGUAAAACUUGCAUUAGUUAAAAACCCCUGCAAGGUUUGGGGUUGGUGCCCACGAAUGCAUGUGUGUGGUGGUCUACUCAAAUAUCAGUGACUGCAGAGCAAGGUGUAUCAAAUAUUGUCCAGGUUGGGGACAAUUCCUUUUAAAAUACUUGAUUGGUUCCCUAGACUCUUCUUUGGGUUGUAAUUUUGUGUCCUUCCCAGCUGCCAUGAUGCAAAGUAAAAGGAAGCAUUAAUAUCUUAGCCUGUGCUUCUUAUGUCUAUGUAGUACACUGGACUUAAAAUAAAAGGAGAAUGUGGCCAGUUUCUCUUA